GCACCAAAUUCAAGACACUAAAAAACCCAUUUCCCCAUUCUAACGCUCCCUUUCAAAACCAAGAAAAAUUCUAAACCCUUUCAUCAACUUCACUCUCACUCUUUCAACUAAAAAAAAUGGAGGAAGCACUCAACCGUCUCAAUGGAACAACGCCUCCAACAAUCCAAGAACCUGACACAAAAAAAUCCACCAACAAAAGAACCUCACGUGAUAACACCGCCUCCGCUGCUGGCGGAGGCGGUGCACUCCGCUACCGCGGAGUUCGCCGCAGACCAUGGGGCCGCUAUGCAGCUGAGAUAAGAGACCCUCAGUCCAAAGAACGCCGCUGGCUUGGAACCUUCGACACUGCUGAAGAAGCAGCAUGUGCCUAUGACUGUGCUGCACGUGCCAUGAGAGGUCUCAAAGCUCGUACAAACUUUGUUUACCCUACUUCUCCUCCUCCUAACACUACUUUUCCUUCUUUCAACUUCCCUAAACAUUCUCAAGCUUUUGAAAAAACCUCUACAAAUAACCGCCACGUGGCUUCUUGUGGUUGGUCUGAACCACAUGGUGUUGAUUUUACUCAUCAAAGAAACCCUUCAACUUCUUCACUUGACAUGCUUCUGUUUCGUGAAUUUAUCAACUCUUCAAAUUCCAACUCUUCUUCUGCUCAUAAUCACUUUCAUGAUAACUUUCCUUAUUCUUACAACAAAAGUAGUACUAGCUCUGGUUCUGGUUUUGUUGCUGGUUGUUGUAUGGCAAAUUCUUGCGGAGGGGGUGCAAAUAGCAAUCAUCAAAACACCGGUGUAGAUGGGAAUAAUGGUUCAAAAAUUUCAACUGAUGAAGAUUUUGAGUUUUUUCCUAAAGAAUCAUCUGAUUCUGGAUUGUUGGAAGAGAUUGUGAAUAGGUUUUUGCCAAAACCUAAACAAGAGAUUAAGACAGAAAUUCUACCAAAGACAACUUUCUGUGACACUUUUGUUCCUAAUGCACCUGUGUUUGAUCACACGUUAGGAAAAAGUGUUACCAAGAACGAAUUUUCAGGUGUUGGGUUUGAUCAAAAUGGUUUCAAUAUGCAGCAGUUUGAGAAUUUUCACAAUGGGUAUAAUGGAUCUUUUCAGUCUCUACCUCUUGGAAAUGAACAAAUAAUGGUGAAUCAUACUGAGAAUUCUGUUAUUCAGUAUCAAGAGCUUCUUAAUGCUUUUGCACUUAGGAUGCAAAAUGCUUAAUUAGUUAGUAGUUAAUUGGGAUUAAUAUUACAAGUUCAGUAUCUAUAGGUUAAUUCUAUAUAUAUCUUGUUGAUUCAGUUUCUGUUGAAUUUUUAGGGUUUUGAUGUUUCUAGGUUAAACUAUGUUACUACUAUGUACUUUUGGUUCUAGCUACUAUGUUCUGAAAAGCAAUAUUGGAUAAUCUUGUAACAGUCUUAUUAUAAAUAUAUUAUGAAUGCUUUUGGGCAAGCAUUGUUUU